AUAUUUAUCUCUCACACAUUUAUAUACAUACAAAUGUAAACAUACAUACACACACACACAGCACACACAUUGCAAGCCAUGAAGCAGAAAAGGGAGUGGUUUUGAAAUUUCAGUCUUGUGAUUAUUUGCUUUUGGGAAAUCUUAAAACACGAAAAGAGGUCAUAGAACUGAAUUCAGAAUGAAAGCGGCUGCUUGUUCCUUCUAUCUCCAUUGGCCAGCAUCCCGAGUGAAAGGAAUGGAUGAAAUUUUGUAAUUGCUGCCUUGUAAAUUGAUCGAACCACGUACACUCACUAGACUAAUUAUAGUAAUGGGUAGAGGCAAGGUCCGCUGUGUCAUGUGUAGGAGAGGACAGGAAUUGCAGGGCAGUGCCUGUUCCUUUAACAUCUCUGCAACCAUUUCAAGUCCAUUCAUUCUCUGGGAAAUGCCGGGUCACACGUAUACCAUUGCGAGCGCAACUAUCUGCUUUCUAUGGAACGAUAUCCAGGCCAGACUAGCCCGGGGCAGGGAACAAGUAUUGAGGAGCAGAAACCCUUCUAGGUAUGCGAUACUUGCCCCCCGCCACCCCCACGUGGCAGGAAAUAGUUAAUUUGACAAGACUUUCCAUAUUGAACACAUCUUAAGAAGUCGCGCUUCCUCCUAGCGGCCUGUAACUCAAACCCAGGUCCUGCAACUCUAAAGCCCGUUUUCUUCUCAGGCCAUCGAGGGGAGAAUCAGCAGGUGUGACGGACUGGGGAAAACUGAGGAGGAAAGAAAGGGCCUUCUUUGGCCGCGGCUGUCAGGGAGGGCUUCCUGCAGGAGGAAGGAUUUUGGUGACACCUCGUUCCCUACGUCCACCAACUAUAAGCUUCCCAAGGGCAGGAACAUUCACUGGCACCAUCUCUCAUCCGGAUCAGCCGCAGCUCCCCAAAGCACAGUCGGCGGACGUGGCUUACACGAUUGGCUGGAGGAUUCAUUGACAGUCGUAAGACACCGCCCCUCCCCGCCCCUCAUUGGACGCCCUCGGCAGGUGGGCGGGUCAAGACGGUGGUGGGGGGAGGGGAAGGGUACUGUGGCCUUCUCCUCCUCCCGUAAAGGGCACGGCGUUACUGUUCAAGAUGGCUGCGGCGGCACUGCUCCGUUGGGCAGGUCCAGGCUUCUGCAGUUCCGUGUGGGGGCUGCCGUUUGGCGCGGGACUGAGGCGCCGCCUGACCCUCGGCGGCGGCAGCGACGGAGAAAGCAGCAGCAGUUGGUUGUACUUCCCGCUGCACGAUCGCGACGCGCUGCGCGUGCACGGGCCCGAUGCAGAGCCGUUCCUUCUGGGGCUGCUGACCAAUGAGCUGCCGCGACCGGGUCCUGGGGGCGGGGCGGCGUCCCCUGAGUCGGCUCCACCGCGCGCGCACUACGCUCACUUCCUCAACGUCCAGGGCCGGACGCUCUAUGACGUCAUCCUCUAUAGACUCCAUGAAAGCCAAGAAGAAGAGCCAAAUUUUCUCUUGGAGUUCGACAACUCAGUGUCUACUGCUUUUCAAAACCACCUAAAACUCUAUAAGAUCCGAAGGAAAGUCACCAUCAGCCCGUGCCCUGAUCUCUGUCUCUGGGCUGUCCUCCCACAAACUGCACCUGAGGGCCUGGCAAUGCCCUCAUUAGAGAAAGGUGGCGAACCUGUGGUUCUCACGCCAGAUCCCAGAGCAGCAUGUAUGGGCUGGAGGUUAAUCAUCCGGAGGGAAGACAUGGCCCAGGACGUGGUUCCAACUACCCAAAUUAGAAGCACUAAGGACUACCAUAAACACAGGUAUCAAAAAGGAAUUCCUGAAGGGAUCAAAGAUCUACCACCUGGUGUGGCCUUGCCCUUGGAGUCCAACCUGACCUUCAUGAAUGGGGUUAGCUUCACUAAAGGCUGCUACAUUGGACAGGAGUUGACUGCUCGGACCCAGCACAUGGGAGUCAUCCGGAAACGCCUUUUUCCUAUUAGGUUUUCAGCCCCUAUCAUAGCUGAAGGCGUCUCUGCAGGGGCCACUGUCCUCACUGAGUCAGGAAAGCAGGCUGGGAAGUACCGGGCCGGGGAGGAUGACGUGGGAAUCGCUUUGCUCCGAUCAGAGAAAAUCAAGGUGCCCCUUUACAUCAAGACCUCCCAAGGUCACCAAGUGAACAUCAUUCCCUCUGUGCCAGACUGGUGGCCCAAAGCUAACAAAUGAUUCUGACCCCCAGGUAGUGCUGACCCACUUUUAUUUGGCACAUUUGUGUGUAUGCUCUGUGAUAAGACUCCUAUUUGCCUCAGGGUUAUUGGAGGCCAUCUUUUUCUCUAUCAUGCUCUCGACUCUGGUGGGGAGGGCGAGGGUAUCUGGCGAUAGGGUUGCCUUUUUGCAGCUGGUAUCACUAGAGUUAUUCUAUGCCCACAAAACAGAUGGAACACAGUGUGGGGCUCAUCUGGAAUUCCCCAGGGGAGGACAAAAGGGUAACAUUUGAGCUGAGGCCUGAGACAAGAGAAGCCCAAGUCAACAGAGUCAGGCUGAAUCUGCUACUAGAGUAACUGUGGGUCCUGAAAGCUAAGGGCUGGACCAGGUGGGAAAACCAGUCAUAAUGGAGAGGCCAAAGCUGAGGGUUUCAGCUAAAAUGUAAGGAAUCCAAGUUCAGGGAAGCCACAGAGCUGAUGCUUCCUCUGAAUUCUAGCUCUUUCCCAAAGGUUUUAGUUUUGUUGUUGCAGAGACCUGCAUGCCCCUUCUCCAGCUGGUGCUGAGGAACUCCCUGUUUCCCAGGUGAGCCCUGUGGCUUCCAAGGGAUUCAGCCAAGUAACCAGGCCAUGUACCAGGGGGCUGGGUAAAAGUGAAUUGUUUGAUAGCCUUUGACUAGCGCUUGAAUAUUGUGUUAAUACUUUCCUGAAAGAUACCCUCCUUUUGAACAAAAACAAAUAAAGACCACUCUGUUCUAGUA